UGUAGACACCGCCAGGUAGAAUAUAUAUUUUUGUUAUGAUAAUGUGCGGGGCUUAAAAAGUUCUCAGCCAGUUGCAAUCCAAAAUGCAACCCGAAUCAGAAGAACAACUGCAAGAGCUGUGGAAGAAAUAUAAAGAAGAGAAAACUGUGUCAUCUUUAUCUCAGUAUGUGAAGGUUUUUCUGGAGAAGCACCAGCAUUUGGUGGACCUCGAGUUUACUCAACUUACUGAAGAGAGCAUUCUGUCAGUGGAGGAUGGACCAAACCUUAGUGAUUUGCCUGAUGGAUUCCUCCAGUGCUUUGGGUUCUUUUUAUGCCAGACACGUGAUCAUUGCUUGGAACAUCUCUCCUUGACAAAAGACACCCUUUAUUUUUCUAUAGACAUUAUGAAAUGUUUGAUUAUUAUUUGUAGAAAUCUAGAUAAUAUCCCACUGUUGGCAUCCUGUUCCCACGUGAAUUACAUCAUAACUAUCACAUCUACUGCAAUAAACAAGCUGUGUGAGAGCCCUGCUGAUGAUGAGAAGUGUGGAUUACUUCUCCUGGUGCACCAUGUUCUGCAUUUGUUAGAGUGCCUGUAUGAUCCUUAUUUUGUCUGGAGGAGGAGACUGAGGAAGUGGAAAGUGGACAAAUCCACCCUUCUUUUCCUUCCUGCUCUGCUUCAUGAUGAAAUUGUUCCAUUUUUGUAUGAGUGCUUCCAGUUGGUGAAGUUGGAUAUUUCAGUUCAAGUCAGAAUGCUACAUUUAUUUGGUAGUGUUAUGUCAGGAGGACAGGCCAAUGCACUCAAAGUGAUUUGUCCGGCAACUCUGGACAUUCUGCUGCAAGUCCUUGCCUCCAGCUUGUUAACAUCAGCUGAAGAACAAAGUGGUGGAGAUGUGCAGACGGUGGCGUCCAAAUGCUUCGUGAGGAUGGUCCAUGUAUUACACUGUGCCAGCCCAGACAAGAGGCAGAUAGAAGUGAGUGCAGUCCUUGAAGGGUUGCUGGGAAUCCUCUUUAAAAACCACACAGAAAUAGAAUAUAAAAAGCAGGUCCAGAUGCACUUUAAAAUUCUGAAUGAACUUCCAGCAAUGUUAGACUGCAGAGACAAGCCAGCCCUGCAGGUGACAUUUGUCAGUGUUGGGAUAUUUGACAAGCUGAUAGAAUAUCUGAAUAACACCCAGCUGUUUGGUGGUGAGGCACAUAAACUGGCUAUUGCAAUACUUCACAUAGUCAGUGGCAUAAUGGCAGGGUGUGGCAUGGCAAAGGAGAGGUUUCUGGAGGAUGUAGGGUUUCCAAAGUUUAUUGAAGCACUGAAACACCUAGGGCAGCCUUCCAAGGAACUCUUGCUGGCUUUGUUGGACCUGGUAGUAGAAGGUCAUUUUGAAGCAUCACACCACCAAACCAUCAAGAAUCCCCAACUGUUGCUGAAGCUGCUGAUCUGGCUGCCUGACAUACAGUGCCAUGAACUCCAGAAGUGGCUGGCGGACAGUCUGACAGCUCUUUGCUCCACUGGAGUACACAACAAGAGGCAGUGUUGUAGGGAAGGGAUGGUGGGAGCAGUCCUUCAGGUGUUGAGGCAAGAAAAGCAGAUGGAUGCUGAAACAUUUGCAUGCCUAGUUGGACUGUUGGAAAAGCUUGGGAGCCAUUCAAUAUCAGCUGCUGAUCUCAAACAGUUAAUGAGUUUGUUUAAGGAGGAGGAAGUGGGUUACCGACAUGAGCCCCGGAUGCAGUUAAUGCAUGCCCUCUCCUCCAUGGCCAAGAAGGAGGGAAGAGAAAAUGCACAGCAUUAUUUUGAUCUUCAACAUCCUGAUGCAGGCAUUUCUUUUCCUGGUAUCCGUAAAUGGCCUGGUCAUUGUUUUGCAUUCCAUGCCUGGUUGUGCCUAGCUUCUGUGUUUGAAAAAGUCCGUAACUGCAGGUAUCAGUUAUACAGUUUUCAUACCACUGCUGGCAGUGGAUUUGAAGCCUUCUUAACUCAUGAUGGAGUGUUGGUUGUGGCAGUCUCUACAGCUAAAGAAUACCUCACUAUAUCUCUUGAGGAGAGUCCAAUACAAGACACAGAGUGGCACAGUAUAGAUAUUGUGUAUAUUAAUGCCAAGAAGCCAUUUGGCCAGAGCCAGCUGAUUGUUUACAUUGAUGGCCAACAGAAGAUGGUGACUCAGAUGAAAUUCCCUUCUCUCACUGAGCCACUGACGUGUUGCAGAAUUGGAUCUCGUGGCUUGCACAGCCAUGUGGUAGACGUACCUGUUCCUGAACCGAGAGUGAACAAGUCCAAGCUCAGAAUGUCUCUAGAGGGGUUGUUUCAUAAAGAGGAGGAGUCCAAUGCAAAUAGUAUAAGAGCUGGUACACAGGUGUAUGAUAUAAAUUGUUCAGAUCAUGGUCCAAAUGCUCUGCUCACCUUCAUGAAGCAUGAAGACUCAGAGAUAGCAGACUUAGCUGGAAAACUGGUGCUGUAUUAUAAUGCCAAGGCCUGCCAGGGUAACAUCUGUAUAGAUUUGUCCCCUAAAUUAAACCAUGGAAGACUGACAGGACAUCAUUGUGUCACUUGUGAUGUCAAGGAUGUUAUCAACUGCAUUGGUGGUAUCCAGGUGUUGUUUCCUUUGUUGGAGCAGGCCAAUGAAGCCUCGAUCUCUAUCCCAGUGUCCCCAGUCCUCAAUGACAUGCUCAGUCCACCAGAUGAGAUGGCUGGAGACUGGGUGGUAUUGCCUGAUAGCACAUAUGCUGAUAGUCAUCUAGAGAAGAACUAUGUUGCUGGUUUUCUUGGUUUGGUUCGGAACAUGCUGCAGAACAACAGGGUGAACCAGGAGAAUAUGAUCCAGACUAAUGGCAUGGCUGUGAUAGGGGCCCUAUUACAAAAGGUUCCAGUUGCUGUGAUAGAUGUGCGAGUGCUGAUGUCUGUUCAGCUGCUGACAGAAUGCGUUGCCUCGUCCAACGAACAGUUACUCCACCAGCUCUACCAGUAUGUGCUGUUUGACUUCAGAAUAUGGAGCCAUUGCGAGUUUCAAGUCAGGAUAGGUCAUGUGCAAUAUCUGUCCACUAUCAUGAAAGAAGACAAGAGAUACUUCAGGAAGAAGUAUGGAGCCCAGUACAUGUUGGACACCAUCAGGACAUACUACAGCUCCAGUUCAGAGUGCCAAUUACUUCCAGCAGAUGCCAAGACCAUUAGAGUGGCAUUCUUCAGACUCAUCCACUACUUUGUCCAGAAAGACAUCAGUCACAAAGAAAUGACAUGCAUCAUCAACUUUAUUACAUCCGUUAAAGAUGAAGUACUGGUUGGCGAGGCCCUAGAUAUGCUGCUAGGCCUGCUGGAAUGUCAUCAUGCACAGUCCCAAGUUUUCCUGCUUCUCUUUGAGCCAGAAAAUGCAGAUUUGUUGUAUGCCUUGCUCACCAAAAAGGAUUUCACACCUGCAACCAAAGAGAAAGUAGUUAGGAUAAUAGGUGACCUGCUCAAAACUGACAAGGUGUAUGAAAGAUCCAAAGGCCGGCUCCACCUGUACAAUAUAGGGUAUGCUGGGCUGGUCAGUCAGAUGGAGGAGAUGGACAUCACACUGCCCAUGGUACAGGGGUUGCUAGAGCAGUCCACUUUAGCAGAUGUUCCUGCCACUUAUACAUCACUACUGUCAGUUCUGCAAUUAGUCCCCCAUGGAGACGUAGAUAUGAAGCUGGCUGCCAGCAGAGAGGUGUUAUCAGUGUUGAUGAACCGUCCGGGAGCUGCUAAGAAAAUAGUGCAACAAGUGGGCUGGCAGGAGACCUUGGUAACCUUGCUAACUCUCCACCCAAAAACUAUUAUGAGUAUGGGCAGCUUCUCUGAUGACGUUAGUGCAAUAAUUAGAGACUCUGGCAUAGAUGACUGCAGCGCCACUACAACAGGGCAGGAGUCUGACUCCAACUUGCCAGUUGAAUUUUGUUUAAAUGAUAGCCAAGCUGAAAAUCUUGACUCUAAUGGUACUGUUCUAGCCUGUCAAGGCCAGUUAGAGGCAUCUGUGUCUGAUAUAGGCACAGGCAGCCCCAUGUUUUCCAAAAUGGCUGAUUACUUUGCUGAGGAUGCAGAGAAUGACUUUGAUAAUGGUGCCAGUUGUGAGCGCUCAAGGUCUCUCUCUGGUGGUGAUACAAUUGAUGGCUACAAUGGCGACCGCUAUUUAUCAGCCAGAGAAAGCACUGCUAGUUUAGCCUCAGAAGCUUCCACUGUCAACCCCGAGGACAGCGUAAGUCAGAUCUCCACUGAACUUCCCCCAAAGAGCCCUGCUAGUCCGAAAAGAUCUCCUGCGGGAAGUCGUAUCAGCGGAUUCUUUAGCAGGUCUAUGUCAACCAGUCAAGACGAGCUGGAAGAGACCCUACCUGAGAAAGUGGAGAAGAAAAUGCAGACGCACUCCAUAGAAGUUGAGCCGUGUCACAGCAAGGAGAGCGAAUUGAUGCAGAAUGUCCUCAUCAGCUUGUUGUGUGUAUUGUGGGAAGGUGUGGAGGGGUCAGAUUCUGAAGCAUGGAAGGUUCGAGGCCAGGUGUUUUCUUCCAUCAAAUACCUGGCAAGAAGAUGUGAGCUGGUCAUGGAGUCUAGAAUCAUCCAAAGAAAACUUAUAGAGAUGAUGCUGAAGGCUUGCAGGACACAGCUUUUACAUGCUGGGCAAGCCGUGGCUGAUUACACUGAAAAUGCAGCCCAGUUAAUAAAAAUUGUGCAUCAUUUCCUUAUGCAAGAGACUCCUGACAAACUGUUAGGCUACAGUGAAGCAAUUAUAGAAUCGGUGACAGCCAUGUUUGAUGUUCUCAAUGUAUGGGAUGAGGCGAUGGAAUGGACAGAGAUGAGUCACAUAGGACUUGAUAUCUUACUGGCUUUCUGUGCCACUGACAGUGUAGAGUUUUGUGCCAUAGCUGCUGCUCGUCUGCACACUAUCCUCCAUUCAAGAACAGUUAAGACUGAAGAGGAGGCUCUCUACCUCAUGGGGUCUGUCAAUGAUGUCAUUGAGCAGGCCAUAACAGACAAUACUGACCAGUACUCCUUCAUGUUGCCAGUGUUAAAAGCUUUACUGAUGAAAUGUCCCACUUUACUGGACGUGAGGUUAUAUCUCCCAAACUGCCCCAUCACCAGCAGACCCAGCUUCUUCGAUGACUUCAAACUUUAUGCACAGACAGAAGAAUGGAAGACAUACAUUGCUAGAGUGGUUACUCAAGGCAGAAAGAAAUUCACCAGUCAGACAUUUGAAGAAGGGAAGAAAACAAUCACAGAUUACCUGAGGAAUUGCCAUGAGGAGAUGAUGGUGGGGAUCCACAAGAGGAACAGGGAAAGAGGAGAAAGCAAACUUAGUUUUGAGAAAGAGAUUCUUGAGCCCUUUAGAAACAGAGGCAAGCAGGAAACAAACCGAUACAAUAACAUUAUGACACAGAUGCACAACCAGCACUCGUCUGUUCUUCGGCAGUGGCGCUCUACCAAGAACUUCUUUAUGGGAGAAAGAGGUGCAUGGUCAGAAAAAGACAUACCAGAUGUACACUGGAAACUUUCAAACCAUGAAAAUUUCUCCAGAAUGCGUCCAAAACUGAUCCAGAACUACAACUUUGAUUUGCACACAGAGGCCAGCAGAGCUAGGGAUAACUUGGGUCCAGAUCUUCAGCAGCAGGCACUGGAGCCCCACUCAGACACACCCCUUGAUGUGCUGAAGGAAGUGAAGGUGUCUCAGGAUAAAAUAGGAGAUGACAGACUGGGAGACGAGGAAUGGAGGAUCAUCAGUUCUGCCAGUGAGGGAGCUACUGAGGAACUGACAGGGAAGGAAAAGCUGAUAUUUUCAGAGAACUGUGAACUUAUAACUUUAGUGGAUGUUAUCCCUGGCAGGCUUGAGCUAACUUCCAGUUUCUUGUAUUUUUUUGACUGUCGGCCAAAUAAGGAAGAAGGGACUGGGGAAGACUUCAAACUCUCACUAGUGCAGCUCAGAGAAAUCCACUUUAGGAGGUACAAUCUCAGAAGAAGUGCCUUAGAGAUCUUUUUAGUUGAUCAAACAAAUUACUUUCUGAACUUCCAACAGAAGGUGAGAAACAAAGUUUUCAGUCGAGUUGUGAGUGCCAGACCUCCUAAUUUGAUCUACAAAGUCUCUCGGUCUCCAGCUGAGCUUCUGAAAGCAUCAGGACUUACACAGAAAUGGGUGCACAGAGAAAUCUCCAAUUUUGAUUACCUUAUGCAGCUGAAUACCAUAGCAGGCAGAACAUACAACGACUUGAAUCAGUAUCCCGUUUUCCCUUGGAUAUUAAAAGACUACACAUCAGAAAACCUGGACCUUACUGACCCCAAUAUUUAUAGAGAUCUCACCAAGCCAAUUGGGAUACAGAAUCCUAAAAAUGAGGCAGAGGUCAUAGAAAAAUACGAGCACUUUGAAGACCCCUCUGGCACCAUUGAGAAAUUCCACUAUGGCACCCAUUACUCCAGUGCUGCAGCUGUGAUGCAUUAUCUGGUGAGGCUGGAACCAUUCACCACUCUCCACAUCGACCUCCAGAGUGGCAGGUUUGAUGUCAGUGACAGGCAGUUCCACAGUGUUCCUGGAGCCUGGAGGACACUGAUGGAAAACCCCAAUGACGUCAAGGAAUUGAUACCUGAAUUUUUUUACCUGCCGGAAUUCUUGGUGAAUUCUAAUGGAUUUGAUCUUGGGAAACUCCAGGUCUCCAAUAAAGAAGUCAAUGAUGUGCAACUUCCAGCCUGGGCUCAAACUCCAGAAGAAUUUAUAUCAAAACACAGAGAUGCCUUAGAGUCAGAUUAUGUGUCAGCUUAUCUACAUGAAUGGAUAGACCUGAUAUUUGGUUACAAACAGAAAGGACCAGCAGCAGUAGAAGCUGUCAAUGUCUUCUGGUAUUGUACUUAUGAAGGUGCAGUGGAUUUGGAUGCAAUAAAAAACCCUAUUGAAAGAAAGGCUGUAGAAGGAAUGAUCAAUAACUUUGGGCAAACGCCUUGCCAGCUACUAAAGGAACCCCAUCCAAAGAGGUUGACAUUUGAGGAAACGAUGCAGCAUUCUAUAAGGACAGACCGUCCUUUAAGUGUUCUUCAUUUUCUCAGUCACCUAAAGGCUUUCUUUGUAAAGGUGUCAGAGGAAGAUGACCCCUUGAUAUUUGUCAGUGUACCCAGAAACCAGGCCAGGUCUUUUAUUCAGCAUGGUACACCUGACAAAAUGGUGACUGUGUCUGAGCAGGGCAUACUGGGGCUACAUGAAUGGCUUCCUUAUGACAAAUCGAUCUCAAACUACUUCACUUUUGAAAAGGAUCGUACUUACGGCAUUCCAAAGCGGCGACAAGCAGGCCCCUUCAGUCCGGACAUCCGAGUGACCAGCAAGUUAUUCGCAGCCUCCCAUGAUGCCAAGUUGUUCUUCAGUGGUGGCCACUGGGAUAACAGCCUGCGGGUGUACAGUAUUGAUAAGUACAAGAUGGUGGGUCACAUCACCAGGCACGAGGAUGUGAUCACCUGUGUGGCACUUGACUACUGUGGCACACAUCUCAUGACCGGAUCCAGAGACACCACUUGUAUGAUUUGGCAAGUGGCAUUUCAGUCUGGAGCCAGUUCAGGUUUAGACUCCAAGCCUCUCCAAGUCCUAUAUGGGCAUGACAAAGAAGUGACAUGUAUUGCAAUCUCAGUGGAAUUGGACAUGGCAGUGUCUGGGUCAAAGGAUGGCACCAUAAUAGUCCACACAGUGAGGAAGGGAAUGUACAUGCAUACACUGAGACCACCAUGUGAAGACCCGUCUUCUCUGGAAAUCCACCAGCUAGGGGUGUCAUAUGUAGGACAUAUUAUUACAUAUUCCACAGUCCAGCUGCCAGAUAAGAAACAAGGCUACCUUCAUGCAUACUCUGUCAAUGGGAAGCAUUUUACUACAGAGAAACUGUCAUACUAUAUCAGCCACAUGGCACUGACAGGGGACCAUCUGCUGGUUGGUAACAGCCAGGGGACACUGAUCAUCAAAGCCCUUUUUGGGCUUACAACACUGACAACUCUUCCACUGCACAUUCCAAUUCGCAGCAUCUCCAUUACGAAUGGGAACAGUCACAUCCUUGUUGCCUUAAAUGAUGGGAAGCUGAUUGUAGUAGGUAUCAAGAGACCCUCUGAAGUCAAGGGCAGUCUUGCUCUGCUGCAGAAAGAUAUAUCAGCCAGACUUGCUAGAUUUACUGAAAACAGUUGAGACUGAGAGCAAUCACAGUUUAGCUGAAAUUAUAGAACGGGCUGAGACCCUUUUGGUUUGUCAAACCAGCCAUGAACCUGCAGGUGAACGGUGGAAAUCAUGUUAAUGGUUGUGACUACUGUAGCUUGACAUUUAUCUUAAGUGCUCAUAGACUGGUGCCUACAAAAUAGUGAUAUCUCAUUUAAAGUUAGCAAUUCAUAAAACAUGUUUGUAGAAUUUUGUUACCCAAGAUUAGUUUUCAUACAAGAAUAAAACUUGAUAGACUCAAAUAUGAUAUUGACUGGCCCAAAGAAGAGCAGACACCAGACUUUUAAAUCCAGGUAAAAUGUUAACCAUGCAAAUGUUUGAGGUUGCAAUGGCUUCUGUACAUGUGAAGUGGACACCAGUUAUAGUCUUCUGGUUAAUUUUUUCCAGAUCAACUUUAUUUUUAAGCAUCAGCAAUGUAGAUAGUGCAUUAUCCCAGAAGUGGUUUUAAAGGAUUUAUAAGGGAAAUGUAGAAACUGAUUAACAGGGUUUUAAAUAUAUUUGUCAGUUUUGUGUAUAAGAGCACCUUGCUUUUAGAUUGAAAGUGGGAGAUGUUGAUUAAGAACCAAUAUGAUAGAAUGGGCAAUAAAUACCCAAGUAAAUACUUUGUAAGGCACGAAAGUGGUUUAACCAUAUUUAUCUUUUUUUCUAGCAAAUAUUGUACCCAUUACUUAUUCAACAAUAAGGACAGGACACUUAAGACAACUGUAAAAAACAUGGGAAAGGGAAUUGAUUCACUUGUGUGCUAGUUCCAUGGGACCAUUAAAUCACUCUAUGACACAUGUUAUGAUAAAACUAUUACAAAACUGUUAGUGAAUACUUAUUCACUUUUGUUUAAAAACUGAACUCAUUAUGUUCCAACUGCAGUGAUAAUGUUAAGAUUUAUUAAAUGUUUUGCUCUCCAGAGUGCUAUUAUAAUCAAGAUUUAUUUCAAGAGGUGUAAUUUUUAAAGGGAUUAAAUUUUCCCCCAAUUAAAAUUGUGAUACAUGAAAUUAAGUCAAGCCAUCAUGUAGAAAGGGUGUUGCAGUUAUAUACAUAUAUUUUUUAUACAGCCAAAAUAUGUAUUUUUCAUGCAUGAUUAAGGUUGUAUUGAGUAAAGGAGGUUAGGAUCAAAAUACAUAGUAAUCAUCUAAUGGCAAAAAUUACAACUUUAAACAACAUUAUGUACUACUGUAUAAAUCAGAUUUGCAUUUUUACAAGUCAUAUGUAGAAGUCACUUGAAAAUGAUAUUAAUUUAAAAAACUUGUGAAGUUUUCAUCUAGCAGCUGAUAUUACGAUUAAUCCAUUGAGAAAAAAAUCUUGCAAGUCUCUAUUCCAGAAUUUAGAACUUCCUCCAAGGAGAAAAAUAAAAUUUGAUGCAAAAA